GCUCUUGAUCCAAGCGGGGUUUAAUUUGAACGUCCAGGACAACGACGGCUGGACUCCGCUGCAUGCUGCUGCGCACUGGGGGGUGAAGGAAGCCUGCUCCAUCCUGGCCGAGGCGCUGUGCGAUAUGGACAUCAGGAACAAGCUGGGCCAGACGCCAUUCGACGUGGCUGACGAGGGACUGGUUGAGCAUCUAGAAAUGCUGCAGAAGAAACAGACUGUGUUGCGAAGUGAGAAGGAGACGAGGAAUAAGCUAAUUGAAGCUGACAUGAAUGGCAAGCCUCAGAGCGGACUCUUCCCCAACAAAGAGAAGAUUCUUUAUGAGGAAGACACGCUGAAGUCUGUGGAAAUGGAGGAAGAGAACAAGGACUCUAGCAGUUCUAGUUCCGAAGAAGAGGAAGAAGCUGAAGAAGAUGAAGUUUCAGAAUCAGAUGCCGAAAAGGAGACAGAAAGGAAGCAAGAGCCCUUUGCCAACCACUCCAGCCACGAAACCAGGCCCAGCAUCACUGAGCAAAUACCACCGCCCGAGCCCAACUCCUUCACUGCCUCUGCCAGAAGGUUCAGUUGGCUCAGCAAGACAGAGGAGCAGAAGGAUGAGUCACCUGCGUCGUGGCGGCUGGGACUACGGAAGACUGGCAGUCACAACAUGUUGAGUGAAGUCGCUGCUACUCGUGAGGCGCAGAGAGAUAAGACUUCUUCUAUCUAUCGUUCUUCAUCAAGUCCCCGGAUAUCUGCGUUAUUAGACAACAAAGAAAAGGAUAAAGACAACAAGAGCUAUCUUGCCACAAUAGCCCCCAGAAGACUCAGCAGUACAAGCGAUAUAGAAGAAAAAGAAAAUAGAGAAUCGGCCGUUAACCUCGUGCGGAGCGGCUCCUACACUCGGCAGCCGUGGAGGGAUGAAUCAAAGGGAAACGAAGCUCCCCAUUCUGGUGCACCUACUACCUACGUAUCUACCUACUUGAAAAGAGCCCCUUUCAGGCAACAAACUGAUUCUACUGUAGAGAAAAAUACAGAGGGCAUCUCUGCUAGCACCCCCCUAGGUGUAAUCACAAACCGUGCUGUACUCGGCUCUGCUAACGGUAUUGCGAAUGCCGGUGCUGCCUCAACCCCGGGAAAGGACGGCUCGGCUGAGGAGGCCAGGGAGCGCAGAAGGUCAUAUCUGACUCCGGUGCGGGAUGAGGAAGCAGAGUCGCUGAGGAAGGCACGAUCCAGGCAGGCCCGGCAGACUCGCAGGUCUACCCAGGGUGUGACGCUGACAGACCUUCAGGAGGCAGAGCGGACCUUCAGCCGGUCGCGGGCAGAGCGGCAAGCUCAGGAACAGCAAAGCGAGAAAGCCGAGAGCGCCGAGCCUGCCGAGGAGAGUGGCGAGAGGCAGGAGACCCGCUCACGGUGGAGCCGAAAUCCCGAGGAGGAGACUGUCUAUCGGCGACUAAGGUGCCCAGUACAACCAGACAAACCUACAACACCGGUAUCUCCCUCGACGUCGGCACCUCUCCUUUACACAAGUUCCUACCUGACUCGAACAAAUAAGUAUCUAGGUCUUGACUCUGUGAAUCCAGCAGACUUCAGGGGUUCAGCCACAGAGAUGGAGAAAAAUGAGUGCGAAGAUCAGGAUUUAGACGACAGAUCUCUGAACAAGCAGUCAAUCCGGGAGAGGCGGCGGCCAAAAGAGAGGCGAAGAGGCACUGGAAUAAUUUUCUCAACAAAAGAU